GUUGAAGACGACGCCGGGCUGACCUCCGAGCUUGAACGCAGCCCAGCGGCGGGCACGAUGGCCAGCCCAUCCCGGGACCCCGGGACCCCCAGCCGCCGCCCGCGGAACCCCCGACUGCGCCACACGCUGAGCCCGGACCACCUGCCCAGCCCGCCCGGCCUGGCCCGGGCCAACAGCGACACCGACCUGGUCACGUCCGAGAGCCGGUCCAGCCUGACGGCCAGCAGGUCCGAGUACACCCUGGGCCAGCCCGAGAAGCUCAUCAUCUUCUGGGACAUCAAGGAGGAGGUGGACCCCAGCGACUGGAUCGGCCUCUACCACAUCGAUGAGAACUCGCCGGCCAACUUCUGGGACUCGAAGAACCGGGGGGUGAGCGGGACGCAGAAGGGGCAGGUGGUCUGGCGGAUCGAAGCAGGACUCUACUUCAUGGAACCGGAAAUCAAGAUCUGCUUCAAAUACUACCACGGCGUCAGCGGGGCCCUCCGAGCUACGACCCCCUGCAUCACCGUGAAGAACCCCGCUGCCCAGCUGGGGGCCGAAGGGGCGGAAGGCGGGAGCUCAGGCCUGCAGCCCUCCCGGAAAUUGGUCAGUUUUACGUUGACGGACCUCAGGGCCGUCGGGCUGAAGAAGGGGAUGUUCUUCAACCCGGACCCCUACCUCAAGAUGUCCAUCCAGCCGGGCAAGAAGAGCAGCUUCCCCACGUGUGCCCACCACGGCCAGGAGCGGCGGUCCACCAUCAUCAGCAAUACCACCAAUCCCAUCUGGCACCGAGAGAAAUACUCCUUCGUCGCACUCGUCACCGACGUCUUGGAGAUUGAGAUUAAAGACAAAUUCGCCAAAAGCCGCCCCAUCAUCAAGCGCUUCCUGGGAAAGCUGACUCUGCCCAUCCAGAGGCUGCUGGAACUCCAAGUCAUUGGAGAUCAGAUGCUGAGCUACAGCCUCGGACGAAGGCUCCCGGCCGACCACGUCAGUGGCUACCUACAGUUCAAAGUGGACGUCUCCCCCUCCGCCCACGAAGAGACGUCGGCGGAGGCCGUGGGAGCCCUGCUGGGCGCGGGCGCCCUGAAUGGGGACUUGGGGAGCCCCUCCGACGAAGAAGAGGAGGAGGAGGAGGUAGGGGGAGACGCCCCCAACGACCCCGGGGACCCCCCAGAGUGUCCCAACUGCUCCGACGCCGUCGGCGCCGAGGAGGAGGCCGCCCCGGAUGGAAAUCCGGGCCGUGCCCUCGACGCCAGCCGCGAGCCGGACGAGGCAUCGGUGGCGUCCCCCCCUUUGGGACCGGGGCGUCCCCCGGGGGCGUCCCCCAAGCUCAGGAGCAGCUUCCCCACGGACACCCGGCUGAGCGCCAUGCUGCACAUCGAUUCGGACGAGGAAGACCACGACGACGCGGCCUUCGCGGCCUCCUCGGACGAGGACGGAGGCCCGCUGGUGUUCGAGGCCGCCCCGGCGGAGGCGGAGGAGGCCGAGGCCCGGCCACGUGGCCCGGGCCAAGGCGGGGAGGCCGAGGCAGAGGGGCCGCCGACCCCGGAGGAGGAGGAGGACGAGGAAAUGUGGCAGGGGUCGGAGGUGAACCCGCAGGACGCCCCCACCGACCCCCGGCCCCCGGGAGAGGACCCGGAACCCGGGCCCGAUGCGGCCGAGACGGGCGAGGGGGCCACCGGAGGCCCGGGCCCAGGUUCUCCGGCCAACGACCACCAGCCGUUGCGGUCGCUCCCUUCCGUGCGCCAGGAUGUGACCCGUUACCAGAGGGUGGACGAGGCCCUACCCCCAGAUUGGGAAGCGCGGAUCGACAGCCACGGGCGGGUUUUCUACGUGGACCACGUCAACCGGACGACCACGUGGCAGCGGCCCACGGCGCCUCCGGACCCGCAGCUCCUGCAGCGCUCCGACUCCGUCCAGCAGAUGGAACAGCUCAACCGACGGUACCAGAGCAUCCACAGGACGAUGACCGGCAACCGGGCGCCCGAGGAGGCCGCCGCUGCCCUCGACGGCUCCGUCGAUGACCCAGAUUUCCACCCUUCUGGCGCAGACUUCCGACGGGAGAACGUGGUGCCUCAGUCUACCUCCAGAUCCCGGCUGACGCUCCUCUUGCAGUCUCCUCCCGUGAAAUUUCUCAUCAGCCCGGACUUCUUUACCGUGCUCCACUCAAACCCCAGCGCUUACCGCAUGUUCACCAACAACACCUGUCUGAAGCACAUGGUCGCCAAGGUGCGGCGUGAUAGACACCACUUCGACCGCUACCAGCACAACCGCGACCUGGUGGGCUUCCUCAACAUGUUCGCCGACAAGCGGCUCGAGCUGCCCCGCGGCUGGGAGAUGAAGCACGACCAGCAGGGCAAGGCCUUCUUCGUGGACCACAACUCCCGGACGACGACCUUCAUCGACCCACGGUUGCCCCUCCAGAGCCACCGGCCGGCCAGCGCCCUCGUCCACCGGCAACACCUUGCAAGGCAGCGGAGUCACAGCGCCGGAGAGGUGGGCGAAGAGGCCCGGCACCCGGCUCCACCCGUGCUCCCUCGCCCGUCUGGCACCUUCAAUGCCGUUGGCAGGGCGCCAUGCCAGGACACCGUCCCCGUAGCGUACAACGACAAGAUUGUGGCGUUUCUGCGGCAGCCCAACAUCUUGGAGAUCCUGCAGGAGCGGCAGCCGGGCCUGCCUCGCCAUCACUCACUCAGGGAGAAAAUCCAAUAUAUCCGGACGGAAGGGACCCCCGGCUUGGUGCGGCUUUCCGGCGACGCCGACCUCGUGAUGCUCCUAAGCUUGUUUGAGGAAGAGGUGAUGUCGUUCGUCCCCCCUCACGCCUUACUGCACCCCAACUACUGUCCUUCUCCUCGGGGGUCUCCCGCCUCUUCGCCUCAGAACUCCCCAGGGACGCAGCGUGCCAACGUGCGAGCCCCGGCCCCGUACAAGCGAGACUUCGAAGCCAAACUGAGGAACUUCUACAGAAAGUUGGAGACCAAGGGGUGCGGGCAGGGCCCCGGAAAACUCAAACUGAUGAUCCGGCGGGAUCGUCUGCUGGAGGAUGGCUUCAAUCAGAUCAUGGCAUAUUCCCGGAGGGAUCUGCAGAGGAGCAAGCUAUACAUCACCUUCGUCGGGGAAGAAGGCCUGGAUUACAGCGGCCCGUCCCGAGAGUUUUUCUUCCUGGUGUCCCGGGAGCUGUUUAACCCGUACUACGGGCUGUUCGAGUACUCCGCCAACGACACGUACACCGUGCAGAUCAGCCCCAUGUCCGCCUUCGUGGACAAUCACCACGAGUGGUUCCGGUUUAGCGGCCGCAUCUUGGGCCUGGCGCUGAUCCACCAGUACCUGCUGGACGCCUUCUUCACCCGCCCGUUUUACAAGGCCCUGCUCAGAAUCCUGUGCGACCUGAGCGACCUGGAGUAUCUGGACGAGGAAUUCCACCAGAGCCUGCAGUGGAUGAAGGACAACGACGUCCACGACGUCCUCGAUCUCACCUUCACCGUCAACGAAGAGGUCUUCGGGCAGAUCACGGAGCGGGAACUGAAGCCCGGCGGGACCCACAUCCCGGUGACGGAGAAGAACAAGAAGGAAUACAUCGAGCGCAUGGUCAGAUGGCGGAUCGAGAGAGGAGUGGCCCAGCAGACCGAGAGCCUCGUCCGCGGCUUCUAUGAGGUGGUGGACGCCAGGCUGGUGUCCGUCUUCGACGCCAGGGAACUGGAGCUGGUCAUCGCGGGGACGGCCGAGAUCGACCUGAGCGACUGGAGAAACAACACGGAAUACAGAGGAGGUUACCACGACCACCACAUCGUCAUCCGCUGGUUCUGGGCCGCGGUGGAGCGCUUCAACAAUGAGCAGCGGCUCAGGCUCCUUCAGUUCGUGACCGGCACGUCGAGCGUCCCCUACGAAGGCUUCGCGGCCCUCCGAGGGAGCACUGGCCCGCGCAGGUUCUGCGUGGAGCGCUGGGGGAAGAUCGCCGCCCUGCCCAGGGCCCACACCUGCUUCAACCGCCUCGACCUCCCCCCGUAUCCGUCCUACGCCAUGCUCUACGAGAAACUCCUGACGGCUGUGGAAGAGACCAGCACCUUCGGUCUGGAGUGAGCCGGAAGGCCUGGUGCCCGGCAGGGUGAACUCCCUCCCACCCGUCUCCCGACCGAUCCCGCCUCUUUCCGGAUUUCCAGGAACAGGCCGGUGCCCCGAGGAACCAGUGAGAUUUGGGGAAACCGAGCUUCGCCCGCCGAUGGCUUUAACUCGGACGACGGCCUGAAGGCCGAGUCGGGAAAAACCACGGCAGGGUGAUCUCCCUCCCACCCGUCUCCCGACCGAUCCCGCCUCUUUCCGGAUUUCCAGGAACAGGCCGGCGCUCCGAGGAACCAGUGAGAUUGGGGGAAACCGAGC